GUCGUCGCUAGUCGCGGCUGUCAACAGCCAGACAUUACUGGUCGACUGGCCGAGAAACAGAUGUCCAGGAUCUCCGCCAUCACCGGGAGGAGAAGACAAGAUCACGUACAAAGAGCAAGAAAGAUUGUGAAGAUAACAUGUCUCGGGCACGGCAGCCUCCGCUUGUUACUGGGAUCUCACCUAAGGAAGGGACUUCUUGGACUAAGGUCACCAUUAGAGGAGAAAACCUGGGUACCGGACCAUCUGAUCUUAUAGGUUUAACCAUUUGCGGACACAACUGCCUUCUAACAGCGGAGUGGAUAUCUGCCAGCAAAAUCGUCUGCCGUGUUGGACAAGACAAAAAUGACAAAGGGGAUAUUAUAGUCACUACAAAAUCUGGUGGGAAAGGAACCUCCACGGUUUUCUUCAAACUGCUUAAGCCAGAAAAAAUCGGUAUCUUGGAACAAUCUGCUGUGUGGGUGGAUGAAAUGAAUUACUAUGAUAUGCGAACAGAUCGAAACAAAGGCUUAUCCCCAUUGUCUCAGCGGCCGGCCAAUCCACUAGGUAUCGAUAUAGACAGGGGGAAGGUUCCACAUAAGAACAUUGAGACCUUGUUUCCAGGGAUGAGUUUUGAUUUCAAUAGUGAAAAGUUCUCUGCGACAUGGUAUCUCAUUGAAAAUCAUUCCUCUGCAAGUUUCGAGCAGUUAAAAAUUGCAGCCAACAACUUACGCAAACAGGCAAGCAAGAAGAAUGAAGGAAACGUUGCUUACGUAAAGGGAGGACUUAGCACUUUCUUUGAGGCUCAGGACGCGCUAGCAGCAAUCCAUCAAAAACUGGAGGUGGAUGGAACGGAAAAAGUGGAAGGGUCAAUGACGCAAAAAUUGGAGAAGGUUCUAAAAAGUGCAAGCACUACAGCUGAUACCUUAUUCCAGGAAGUUCUGGGUCGAAAAGAUAAAGCAGAUUCUACGCGAAAUGCCCUGAAUGUCCUUCAGAGAUUUAAAUUCCUUUUUAACCUUCCACUCAACAUUGAAAAAAAUAUUCAAAAGGGUGAUUACGAUGUGGUCAUUAAUGACUACGAAAAAGCAAAGUCCUUGUUUGGGAAGACUGAAGUCCAAGUGUUUAAGAAAGUUUACUCUGAAGUUGAAACCCGAAUUGAGGCUUUGAGGAAAUUACUUUUGGACAAGUUACUAGAGACACCAUCUACUUUGCAUGACCAGAAACGCUACAUCAGAUAUCUUUCCGAUCUCCACGCUCCUGGUGACCCUGCUUGGCAAUGUAUUGGAGCACAGCACAAAUGGAUUGUUCAGCUUAUGCACAGCUGCAAAGAGGACUAUGUCAAAGAGCUUAAAGGUAAUCCAAUGCUUCAGAGCCCGUUUCUUGACAUGGAUAACGAUGGACGUCCAUCACCAAUUGGAAGACUUAGCCAGACGGCAUCCCUACAGAGAGGAAGCAGCUUCCAGUCUGGGAGGAAUGAUACAUGGAGAUCGAAAUCUCCGCAUCAAGUGGCGUUCGUUGAAAAGCUGACAAAAGUGGUGGUUGGCCAGCUCCCUAAUUUCUGGAAGCUGUGGAUUUCGUAUGUGAAUGGAAGCAUUUUCAGCGAGACUGCAGAAAAGUCCGGCCAAAUGGAAAAAUCCAAGAAAAAUGCAAGACAACGACAGAAUGACUUCAAGAAAAUGAUACAAGAAGUGAUGCAGACACUAGUAAAGCUCAUCCGUGGGGCUUUGCUUCCGUCUAGCCUUGGGGAAGAAGAACGUAGAUAUUAUGGAGGGUGGGACUUGAAGAGUGACCUAUCUGGCUCCUGGAUAACACAAGUUAUCCAAACUGUUCGGCUUAGCUAUGAGUCCUUGACUGCUCUUGAGAUACCCAAUGAUUUGUUGCAAACCAUACAGGACAUGAUUUUGGAUUUAAGAGUACACUGUGUCAUAGUCACUUUAAAGCAGACUACAGAAGAAGUUAAACGCUUAGCUGACAAGGAAGAUUGGAUUGUUGAUAAUGAAGGGUUAACUUCAUUGCCAACGCUAUUUGAGCAGUGUGUUGUUCACUCCCUGCAAUCCCUGAAGCCAGUCAUUGAAUGCAAGCCUGGGGAAGCAAGUAUUUUUCAGCAACAGAAAGUACAGGAUGACAUGUGCCAGUUGUGCAUUCGUCUUAUUCAGGUCUUUAUAGCCAGCCUAGAAAACCUGAGCACAAAACCUGAGGGUAAUAUGGACACAAUGCACAUUUCACUUGAUGUUUCCUCUCCUGAUUUAUUUGGGAGUAUCCAUGAAGACCUUACCAUAUCACCUGAAAAAAGGCUAUUAAUUGUUCUAAGCAACUGUCGCUAUCUGGAGCGCCAUACCUUACUAAACAUUGCUGAGCAUUUUGAGAAGCACGGCUUUCAAGGAAUUGAGAAAAUAACUAAGGCUUCCACGGGUUCUUUGAGGGACCUGGACCAAAUGCUGUUCGAAACAUUUAUUGAGAUUAAAACUGAUCCUAUCGUUGGCUCCUUGGAGCCAGGCAUUUAUGCUGGAUAUUUUGACUGGAGAGAUUGCCAGACUCCCACAGGUGUGAGAAACUAUUUGAAGGAGGCACUGGUAAACAUAAUUGCUGUGCAUGCGGAGGUAUUUGCCAUUUCAAAAGAACUUGUCCCCAGAGUAAUGUCAAAGAUCGUGGAAGCUGUGGGUGAGGAACUUAGCCGACUCAUGCAAUGCGUGUCUUCCUUCAGCAGAAACGGGGCACUACAGGCAAGACUUGAAAUUUGUGCUCUCAGGGAUACAGUUGCAGUUUAUCUGACUAAUGACAGCAAGUCCAGCUUCAAACAAGCUCUGGAAGCUCUACCGCAACUUCCAAGCGGGUCUGAUAAAAAGUUACUGGAGGAGUUGCUGAAUGAGUUUAAAAGUAGCAUGCACCUGCAGCUGACCUGCUUCCAGCCUUCUUCCUCUGUCAGUAUGAAGACUUGAGGAACUAAGAAAGCCAUCCAACACCACAACGUUUAAAUCCCACCUAAGAAAAAUCGCUCAGUAACACGUACAUGCCUGCUACAGUUACACUGUUACAAAUAUGAUAAAUGUAUCAACUGAUUCGUAUACGCAUUAUGAUAUUUGGGCUAAUAAACAGCACAUAAAUAAAAUAUAGCACCAUUUUGAUUUUUGUUGGUUUAGAAAACCAAAGUACAGGGGUUGAAACAUCCACACUGUACAGUCUUUACAUAGUUGUUUUAUUAAACACUCGUGUCAAUCCAGAACCCAGACGUCUGCUAUAGUAUUUAAGCAUCUGCAGGUAGAGACCCACUGCGCUCUAUAAUUGUGUACCUGUACAGUGGCGAGAUAAAGUUAAUAACAUAGCA